AUGGUCUGCCGAUCCUGCGAGGACAAGAUCGGCGACGACGCAUGUCCUCUCUGUCGCCUACCUAGCGCGAAGAAUCAAGCGGAAGAACUCGCGCGUCUGCGCCGCCAUGUGGAGAACGAGGUGCCGGAAGCAAUUACGUUUUUGGGAGACGCGUACUACGACGGUCGGAUGGGCCUCGUGAAAUCCGAUAAGAAAGCAGCGAAGAUUUGGAAGCGCGCCGUGGAGCUCGGGGACGUGGAGGCGAUGAGAUGCCUUGCUGGAUUGUAUUACCAUGGAAGUGGCGUCAAGCUGGACAAGAAGAAGGCGGAGCGGCUCGUUCGCAUGGCCGCAGACCGCGGCGACGCGGCCGCGCAAUUCAAUUUAGGUUACGCGUACCGCCUCGGUCGGUUUGGCCUCGUGAAAGCCGAUAAGAAAGCGGCGAAGAUUUACCGGCGCGCCGUGGAGCUCGGGGACGUGGACGCGAUGGCAUCUCUUGGGGAGUUGUACCGGACUGGAAGUGGCGUCAAGCUGGACAAGAAGAAGGCGGAGCGGCUGUAUCGCAUGGCCGCAGAUCGGGGCGACGCGUUCGGACAAACCUGUUUAGGGGCUUUCCUUCAUUCUGACGAGAAAUUUGAAGAAGCGGUCCGGUACUUUGUGCUCGCAACGGAUCAAGGCUAUGCCGCUGGAGAGUAUAACCUUGGUUGCUGCUACAGGUACGGAACAGGCACGGAAGUCGACCUCGGCAAAGCCAGAUACUGGCUCGAGCCGUUCCGGUACGUCGCGCUCGCGGCGGAUCAAGGCUAUACAUGUGCGGAGAGCAAUCUUGGCUGUUUUUACAGGGACGGAAAAGGCACGGAAGUCGACCUCGGCAAAGCCAGAUACUGGUUCGAGCGCGCCGCUGCCAAGGGCAACGAGACAGCUACAAAUCUGCUGGCGGACCUCGACGCGCGAACUGGAAGUGGCGUCAAGCUGGACAAGAAGAAGGCGGAGCGGCUGUAUCGCGCGGCCGCGGACCGGGGCCACGCGACCGCGCAAUACAAUUCAGGGCUUUUAGUUUACUCUGAGCAGAGAUUUGAAGAAGCGUUCCGGUACUACGCGCUCGCGGCGGAUCAAGGCCAUACCGAUGCGGAGAACAACCUUGGCUGCUGUUACAUGACUGGAGAAGGCACGGAAGUCGACCUCGGCAAAGCCAGAUACUGGUUCGAGCGCGCCGCUGCCAAGGGCUUCAAGUUAGCCAUAGAGGCCCUCACGGACCCGAUUUGGGCCCAAACCGACACGCCGAACGUCGCCGGGCCCGCCUGA